GAGUCGGAGCUGUCCUGUGUUUUCACGGAGAGCUGCGUGUUGCCCUGUGGCUUCCCCCCCGGAGACGACGCCGUCAUCCACUGGAUCCAGUUCAGAACCGAUGGGGAGACUCAGGUCCAUUCUUACUACCAGAACCGGGACCAGCUGGGGAACCAGGACCCGGCCUUCAGGGGCCGGACCUCCCUGUUCGGGGGGCAGAUCCCCGGGGGAAACGCCUCCCUGCUGCUGGGGGGGGUCCGGGUCCAGGACGGGGGCCGGUACCACUGCUUCAUCAGCACCGUCGCAGGAAGCUACGAGGACUGCGUCGUCCUGAGAGUGGAAGCUCCAGUGAAAGCAGUCAGCGUCCACCGGGAGGGAAACAGCAUCACCUGCAGCUCCAGCUGGAUCUACCCUGAACCUGUGCUCCUCUGGGCCAGCAGCCCCCCCCUCCAGACCCCAUCCAGCAGCAGCCUCCAGAACCGAACCAGAGUCCAGCGGACGCAGCAGCAGCUGUACAACAUCAGCAGCUCUCUGCUGCUGCCGGAGGGAGAAGCUGACGGGAGCUACAGCUGCACCGUCAGCACCGCCUCCAGCAGCCGCACGGCCACUCUGAGGAGCCUCAGUGGGGCCCACCGAGGGGGGGAUGAGCCCACAAGAAUCGAGCCAGAGGAAACGAUGGGGAAUUUUUGUAAGCCUUGUGGUCACACCAACUGUAAUAGGAAUCAUCAUAUUUGUCCAGAAAUGGAAGAAAAGAAAACCAGAAACGGACGAAAACCCAGAGACAGAACGGCUGUGACUAGCGACCUCUCCUGAUAACCAGAGCAGAGCUUAGUGGCUCCCCUGAAGAGAAGAAGCUGGUUUCUCUGGUUCCGGGUUCCCAGUGCUGGUCCGACCCUCUUUCCUGUCCCCCAGCCGGGCCCCUGGUUCUGGUUCUGGUUCUGG